UCUCUCUUCCUGUCAUCCCCAGAUGAACUCUAUGAACAGUGUCAGCAGCUCAGAGGACAUCAAGCCUCCACCAGGCCUGCAGAACCUGGGAAACAUCAACUACCAGUGCACGAGCCCCGGGGGAAUGUCAAAGCACAUCUGCGCCAUUUGUGGGGACCGAUCCUCAGGAAAGCACUACGGCGUGUACAGCUGUGAGGGGUGCAAAGGCUUCUUCAAGAGGACGGUCCGUAAAGACCUCUCCUACACAUGCAGAGACAGUAAGGAGUGCCUGAUUGACAAGCGCCAGCGAAACCGCUGCCAAUACUGUCGCUACCAGAAGUGCCUGGCCAUGGGCAUGAAGAGAGAAGGUGUGUGUGCAGCGGUGCAGGAAGAGAGGCAGCGGGGGAGGGAGCGGGGGGAGAGCGAGGUGGAGUCCACCAGCAGCUUCAACGAGGAAAUGCCUGUGGACAAGAUCCUGGAUGCUGAGGUGGCUGUGGAGCCCAAAACAGAGGCGUACAGCGAAGGCAGCCCCAGCAACUCG